ACACAUGAAAUACUAGGAAACUGAAAGAAAACUAUUUUAUAUUGAGCUUUAAUGAUUAAUUUUACGUGUUAAGUUUUGUAUUUUUAUUUUUAAAAUUUUAAAUUGAAGUUUUAAAAAAUAAUGUUAUGAUAUAUAGGUCGACAUGAUGGUUGAUUUCAGUGAUUAUUUUUGGGGUGAGAAGAAUAAUGGAUUUGAUGUUUUAUAUCAUAAUAUGAAGUUUGGACUGGUUGCCAGCAAGGAAUUAGCAGAAUUUUUUCGUGAGAGUUCAAGUAUAGAAGAGUACAACUCCAAGGUACUGGGGAAGUUAGCCAAGCAAGCUGGCAGUGGCUGUGUACAUGGCACGUUUGCUCCGGUGUGGCAGGCUCUGAGGACCACAGCCGAAAAACUCUCCUCUCUCCACCUGCAGAUGGUCCAGAAAAUUACAGAUCUUGUCAAAGAAGUCACAAAGUACGCGGAUGAACUACACAAAAAACACAAGACGGUGAAGGAGGAGGAGUGUGGGACGCUGGAGGUGGCUCAGGCAAUCCAGUCGACGUCAGUCACCCUCCAGAAAGCCAAGGAUACUUAUGUACAGAGAGGAAUCGAACUUGAUAAGCUAAAGAAAGACAAUGCGUCAGCUAAAGAAUUGGAAAAGGCUGAAAUUAAAUUAAAAAAGGCUCAGGAAGAAUACAAAUCCCUUGUAGAAAAGUAUGGUACAAUCAAAGAAGAAUUUGAAAAGAAAAUGUCUUUAGCAUGUCAGCAUUUCCAGAAAAUCGAAGAAGCCCACUUGAAGCAGAUGAAAGAUUUCCUGAAUACCUAUGCAGAAUUAGUUGAAAAUAAUCACGAUUUAAUAGGUCGUGAGUACAUCGAAUUUAAGAGACAGUGUUUAGAGAUGACGGUCGAGAAACUUCUGGAGCAGUUUGUCCUGAGCAAGUAUACUGGGCUGGAAAAGCCAGGGUGUGUAGAGUUCGAGGAGGUGUCAGUGGGCGGUGCUGUAUCUGAGGAGACGAAGCCGACACCCGCACCAGGGAUCAAGCGUGAAGGUAAUGCCAGUCAGUGGUCAGGAGCUAAACAAUCCCGCCGGACUACCUCCCUUCUCAAUCUCUUCAUGCCUAACUCCCAGGGCUCAGCGGUGGGGGGCAAGGAAGCUGUGCCCACCUCGGCCCCCACCAGCCCCACCACCGGCCCUGCCAUCUCUACCAACUUACUUGUCCGGAACCCUUUGCGAGGAUCCAAAUGGUUUUUAAGGAGUAGAAGAGAGAAAAGAAAAGAGAAGAAAGCCAAAAAGAAGAAAGAUGGAAGCCAAGAUAAUACCAGCAACAAGGAUGAAAAAUCUGAUAUUGAAGAAAAGGAAGAUGGUCAGAAAUCGAAAACUCCGACGCCAGAAGUGGAUGAGGAAGGGUAUUGCAUACGGCCCAAACUUGACCCCUGGGAUCACGAAAAAGGCAGCUUUUACUCCAGUUCCGACACUGAUUCUGAGGAUGAACGGGAGCAGAAGAUUCAUGUUGAGAUAAAGCCGUUGGGAAAUGGAACUGGGCCCAUCAGUGCUAGUGUGGACGAGCUUCGAGCUACAGUUGAGAAUAUUUCUCUUUCGCCCCUAGGAACAGCAACGGGAAGGAGAGGCUCCAAUGCUGAAGACCACACAAUGAAGAGGUCGCAGUCGGUGUCACAACAGAUUGGUGGAGGCAAGUUGAAUAAUGACUUGGUUGGAUUGAACCUGUUCCAAAGCCCUGUGGGGUCCAGUGCAUCCACCCCCACUGGAAGUCACCCCUACGCUCCCUUGCAGAGCCCCACUCUCACAUCCGCCAACAGCCCUGCACCUGUCAACAACAAUAGGUAUUCAGAUCUACAAGACCUGUUCCAAGAAGUGGGGGUGAUCCAGCCCAGUACUGUUGACACAAAACAGCGACAGACACCAACUCCAACCUCUGGUAUCGCCAUUCCCCGUCCUCCCUCUCGUAGAGAUGACAUCACUUCUUCGAGUGGGCGCAAUGCAGCUGGCAGGAACAGUCCAGCCACCUUGCGCAGUAGUCCCGGACCUAGCAACAUUAUGCGCGCUGACAGUGUCAGCAGUCUGGAGUUUCGUGCGGCUGGAGUCCCAGUCGGUCUGUCUCGUGGACCCUCCCCUUUAACUCUGGGCAUGUCCGACACCAUUCCGCUCGCCGUCGCUUUCCACGAAAUGGUCCAUUCUUAUUUUCACGGCACUGAUGAGAAAAAGUGUCAGGUGAAGCUGUCUGGCGAUAUGAUGCUCUCGUUCCCAGCUGGUAUUGUUACGCUUCUCACCAACAAUCCAAACCCUGCGCAGCUUAUGUUUAGGCUUAACAAUUCCUCCAGAUUCAAUAAAGUGUUCCCAAAUAAACAACUUAUUUUAUGGGAUUAUGAAGAGCCAUAUAUAGAAAAUAUGUUGUAUUGGACUGUCUUCAAAUUCAACAUGAGUGCCUUAACUGCCCUUCUCAAAAGGCAGUCUGAGAAGAAUCCAACAGCUUCCUACUUCAAUGUGGAUAUUCUCAAAUAUCAAAUCAAACCAAAAUUUGGGGCGUCCUCGUGUCCAUUCCAGUUAGUUGCAUACUGGAAGUGUGAACGCAACCAAACUGACAUCCGGAUAGAUUACAUGUACAACAAGAAGGCCAUGGGCUCCCCUUCCCCCCUUCUGAAUCUCACUGUUACCGUGCCUGUCGACGGGGAAGUGAAGAAUAUCAAUGCAGAACCGCAUGCCGAAUGGGACAAAGAGAACAACUGUGCCAUUUGGAGGUUUACAGAACUAUCGGAACUGACAGAGAAUGGGCCAAUCGGCUCCUUGCGAGCUCGGCUCGAGGUGGCCAAGGGUCCAAGCUCCAUAGGUACCAUCUCUGUACAGUUUAACUGCGAGGGCACCACCCUCUCUGGGGUAGACCUUGAACUGCAGGGUCCAGGCUACAGGGUGUCGCUGGUCAAGAAAAGAUUCGUGUCAGGAAAAUACAUAUGUGAUGGCUCAAACAACAAGAACCGCUAUCCUGAGAGUAAUGAGAACAAUGAGGAGAACCACGAGAACCACUCCUCUUCAUCUUCAGAUUGCUAGCAGGGUUACUGGCUCAGUGUCUGUACCGCGUCACCUGUGGACCACGGUACUUGGGACAAGUGUCGUUUUGCAAUCCGUAUUGUAUUCAUAUUGUUUUUAGUGUAUUCUCAGUUAUUUGUAGUAUUUUACAUAGAACCUCAUCAUGUAAGAAAGGAUAAUUAUUUUUGUACAAGAGAAAAAUCUUUUAAUAGAAGUUGGUUAUGUGCAUGCGUAAGUAUGUAUGAGUUUAUGUAUGCAUGUGUGGGUGAGUGGGCGAAAGAAGUAAACAUCGCUUAUACAAAGUAUUUUUAGAUAUAACCCUGUAUGUUCAGUUACUUAUGUACUAAUUUUAUUAUGCUUUAUAGCAAUGUUACUCACACUACUGCUGUCUAAACAGAUUUAUGUAAUGAUUUCGUAAGAUUUUAUUUUUAAGUAUGAAAUUUUGUAAAUAUAUUAUAAUCAAUUCUGAAAUUAAACUGUUGCUGAAAGCAUGCAUAUAUAAUAAUAUUCUGUUAUCAUUUUUGUUAAUACUGAUGAUUGUAGUGGAUCAUUACGCAUUAGAUGCUGAUGUAUUAUAUAUUACCAAAGCUCAUUAAACAAUAAAAAUGUAUUAUUUAUUGCAUCAUUUUGUUUUUCUAUUAUAUUAUUCUUGUUUGUAUAUGCUUGUAUAAUUAUAAAAUAGUAGCUUAACAUUAGACUUCUUUGUUAAUUCUAAAUGAAACCAUAAUAUGAAUAUUGUAUACAUCUUAACCACUAUACAAAUUACCAUUAUUGUUAUUUUAAUAUUUUAUCUUCAUAAUAUAUUUUUCAUUAAAAAAAAUGCACUAAAAACAUUUAUUCGUAAAAAAUUAGUCAAUAUGGAGUCACAAAUGAUUUGUGACACAUCUACGAGUGUUCACAUGCAUAUUGUGGUAUCUUUACAUUUAAGAUUUACAAUCCUCAUUAGACUUUAUUUCUAAGUAAUAAUAAUAGGCUUUCACAUGAAAGAGCUUUAACUUAGAACUUUUAUUAAUUAUAGUCUUAAAGAGAAUUAUUACAUAAUUAGUUAGAGGUUUAUAACUUAAAACAUACAGAAAGUGUAACGUAAACGAUGCAGGUUAAGGAAGCAGUUUAUCUUCUUACAAACUAAGCGUUAUGUAUAGUGUGUUUUAUAAUAUUGUUUUAUUUUAUAAUCAAAUCAAAGCUAUGUAUAAGUUAUGAUAGAUAUUUCCCAUGACAACAGGAUCUCCAGGUAAAAUUGCCUUUUCAAAGCAUUGAUUUUCAGCUUCAAGUGUAACAAAUUCUCAUUUUUAAUUUAGGUUAAUUUUUUGUUAUAAAAAAUGAGCAGCGUGUCUGUUGGCAGAGAAAAUAAUUAAUGUAUUAUUAUGUACAUAAAUAUUUUGUUUAUGCCAAUCAUGAGAAACCAAAUAAAUAUGAAAUGACAACAGGUUAAAAUUAGCUAUCAUUACAUGUAAAAAUAUCUGUAACUCUAGUUUAUAAUACUCAUUUCAUGCAGAGUUAUACUUUCUUUAUUACAUAUUAUUACCAAAUAUUUAUAAUCUUGUCAUACCAAUUAUCCACUGCCUUUUUUUUUUUUGCUUUCAGUAAAGAAUUUAACACAAAGAAAAGGAGUACUGAUAUCUUGUAAUAUUAGUUUUUAUUUACAAUUGUGUUUAUGAAAAUAAUAAAUGUUUUAUAUUCA